UUCGGGACACUUCUGCCAGAACUGCCAGUGUACUCACGUUCGCGUUAGUCCAAUACCCCGCAAUCCUUUGUCUUUAACAUAUUGCUUGCUAUUUUAAAAUCCUCCAUUUGAUUUGCGCCGAUGAAAGUGCGCCUUGUUUAUAAAAGUAUUCCAAAAUGGGAAACGUAUUCAGUAGUACCGUAGCGAGUGAGCGAAACACUGAACACGUCACAUUCAAAAGCGUUACAUUGAGCAACACAUGUGACUCUCCAGACAUGGAAGAAGAAGCUGAACAGUUCCACGAUACUAUUGAUGAAGAUAUAAAUGAUGAUGAAGCACGUGCAAAGGCUAAAGAAGAUGAAAUGGUUGAAUUCAGAAAACAACUCGACAUAAAAAGAGAACAAAGAAAACAAAUUUUGGCGCGACACAGAAGCGAGAAAGAAGAAUUAGAAAAAGCGUUAGAAAAAGAACGAAAAUCAAAGCUUGAAUUAUACGAAAGUAAUAAACAUCUUCGUGAAUUAUUAGCAAAUAACAAAAUUGAUAUUCCUGAAUCUCUUCAAAGCAACAAGGAAAAUUUAGAACUAACGAAUACUAUAUUACAAAUGAAAGAAGAAUUUGAAAACUUACGAUCAAACAAUAUUAAAUUGCGUAAAGAUCUUGCUGAAUCUAACAGUUCUUUACAAAAUGCAUUUACUGAUAUUGCAGAGUUGAAUGCCCAAAACAUCGAGUCAAUGAAACAUAUAAACGCAUUAAAGGAAGUUGUAACAGUAAGCAAGACUAUGAUUAAUCUUCGUGAACAGCAAUUAUCAGAGCUCAAAAACAAACUUAGUGAAAUAGAACGUUCAUUGGCUGAUAGAGAAACCAGCAUGCUAUCAUCAGAUUUAAGACAAGAGUAUGAGCGACAGUUACAGAAUAUCCGCACAUUACGUGGUUUGUAUGAAGAACGCGCACGAUUAUCUGAAGUUACUAGACUUGGGCUUAUCAGGGAGUUAGAAGAACAAAAAUCACUAUAUCAAGCAGAAAAUGCUAAGUGCAAAUCUCUCACCUCUAAAGUAGAAGAAUUGGAGGCAAUCGUGGAUUCAUUACACGAAAAACUCGAAAACAAAAAUAACCAAAUUUCCACUCAUCAAAAUGAAAUAAGUGGUUUGCAAUCUGAAAUGGCAGUUGUUAACAAGCUGUUUUCUCAAGUGCUUCUGGGUUACAAAACAAAACAAGAUUUAGACAAACUAGUGCACCGUUUAGAGGAGAAUCACGGCAUACUGACCCAAAUGGCGGAAAAAGAAAAUGAUUCAGAAGCGUCCACAGCUUUGCCGAAACUUUUAUUGGAAUUAGUCAGCCAAGUUGAUGAAGAUGAGAAUUCUGACCAUAAUGCGGUUACUGAAGAAAAAGAAAAGGAGGAAAAUUCAUCUACGGAGGGAACAGCAGAAGGAAUAAAUUCUUCUCACACUACACCUGAAGAAAUAGUGGAAAAUCUACCCAAAGUUUGGAGAGUCCUUAUGGAACUGUUAAGUCAUCAAAGCGUUACUGAAGUGAAUGCCACUGAGAAGGUUACUACCUGCUACAAAUCAGUACAGACGAAAUCGGGCCCGGUACUAGUGCCAAGCGUUAGUCAGACUUAUAUCAGAUUAAAGGACCUUAUAAUUGAAAAGCUGGGAUUGGUUAAAGAAGUCAAUCGUAUGAAACAACUCAAUGUACACUUGGAGACUCGUUUAGAGGAACAAGAACGAAGAUUGUGCCUAGUUACGUCAGAAUUAAGUAAAACAUGGCACGUAGUUGGUAGGUUGCGCAGACAUCAUCAUCAACUACAUACUCAUGAAAAGAUCUUAAAAUACGAACUCCAGCAAAAAAGGAAAAUGUUGAAUGAACUGAAAGAAGAAUUAGAAUAUUGCAGAGAAAAAUGGAUACAGGCACGUGAAAAGAACACUCAGUCGGAAAAAGAUUGGAGAGUAUUAAGAGCAGAAUUUUCUAGUCGUAAUGCAAAGGCGGAUUCCCCUUCUUGUAAUAAUUCUGCAGAAAGUGGAUAUAGUGAUGAAAGACCUUCAGAUGAAUCCUCCGAGUCAAAUGAUGAGAGCGAAUAUAUCGCUGAGCCAUUAAUAAGGUGCAAGAAAAAAAAUAAGAAAUCUUUUGAUACUAUGUUGGACUCUAGUACUGAUAUCAAUUUAGUUGCUGAGAGAGAAGAUCCAUCUAGUGAUAUGUUAGAGGUUGCUGAUUUACCACUGGAUACACAAGAUAGCAGUCAUAGUGAGGAUAUACUUAAAUCGGAUAAAACAUGUGAUGAAACUGAAGAUGAAAUUGGUGAAAUCAUAAACGAAUCUUAUCUAGAAACCAAUCCUCUGUCUGAAACAAACGAGGGCAGUAACAUCAGCCGUAACGAUCAUAAUGUCCAUUUUAAUCAUGUAGAAGAAACCAAUCCAAUAAGAGCAAAUCCCACUACAAGUACAAUAAAAGAAAAGUCAUCAUCUAAUACAGCCUUGAUAAACCCAUCAGAAAUUUUGAAGAACAUAAAAAUGCAAAAGGAUAGGUUAGCAGAAAAAGAUAAAAAAAUGGAAAAAUUAGAGAAAGAUAGUGCAGCACUUUUGACAAAAACAAAAAAUACAACAAUAUUUUGUGAACAAAUAAACAAUACUUUGGAUUGUCUAAUCCAUCGCUCUUCAACUGCUGAUCAGGUGUCUAAAAAUAUCAACAUGAUAAAUGUUGAAUCUGAAACUGGUCACGAAAGUGCUACAAAAUUGACAGAAGAAACUGAUAACGAAAUUCAUGACUGCAUUGUUAAUGAAGUCUCAAUAUUGAAGUCUAUUGACGUAACUGAGGAGACAAAUAAUAAUAUUAUUGGUGAAUUUAUGUCUGAUUCCGCGAUUUCACAUAAUGCAAUUGAAAGUCAGGAAAUUUUGAAGCAAGAUACUAAGGAAGCAAACUCUUUCAGCAAUACCGAGGUUUCUGUAGAUUCAGCAGAACCUUCAACCUCUCAUUGUUUAAAUCACGAAGCAAGGUUUGCAGCACGCGAUCAACGACUGAAAAGAUUAGAAGAACAAACGAAAUCUCUUGUAAAUAAAGUCAAUAAAACAACUACAAAAGGCGUCAAAAUACAUUACAAAUUGGAAGAACUUCAUAAUAUAUACGGAUCAGAAAAUUCUCGAGCUGGUACUCCUUCUGAUGAUGCCGAAGAUAAAUCCCUUAGGGAAGAAGAUUCUCCGGAAGAAUAAUUUUGAAUGUUGUUUGUGUUAUAAGUUCAUUGAAGGAUAUUAAAAGUCUUGAUGUCGUCA